AUGAAUGAUCCUUACUCAAAUACAUAUAAUCCAGGGUGGCACAAUCAUCCAAGUUUUUCAUGGAGAGAUGGAAACAACGCUAAACCGCAAGGACCACCUGGAUAUCAACAAAAUAGACCUGCACCUCCACCCCCACAACAAGAAAAGAAACCAUCUCUCAAAGAUAUGAUGGCACAAUUUAUGGCAAAUCAAGAUGGCCAUAAUAAGAAGAUGGUACAGCGAAUAAGCCAAAUCGAGAAUGCGCAUCAAUCUUCGAUCCAUAAUGUGGAACGUCAACUUAGGCAAUUAGCAAGAAAGAUAGCUGAAAGAGAGCAAGGAAAAUUUCCAAGCAACACCGAGACCAAUCUUAAGGAAGGAGCUAUGGCUAUCUCUUUAAGGAGUGGUAAAGAAGUUGACAACUCACCAAAAGAGAAAAAUAAGGAUAACCACAUUGUGAUUGAGGAGGAGGAGGCCGAUAAAAAUAUGGAGGAGGAAAUUACUGUGGAAAAAUAUCCACCAACAGUCAAGGCAUACGUUCCUCCGAUACCAUACUCUCAGCGACAAAGGAAGAGGAUAAACGAGCUACAUUUUCAGAAGUUUCUUGAUAUUUUCAAGAAAAUUCAAAUCAAUAUUCCAUUCGCCGAGGCAUUGGCACAAAUGCCCUCGUACGCAAAGUUCUUGAAGGAGAUUGUCUCUAACAAGAACAAAUUGGAGGAAUAUUCAAUGGUGGCUCUGACUGAGGAGUACAGUGCAAUACUGCAAAAGAAACUACCACCAAAGAUAAUGGAUCCAGGGAGUUUUUCUAUUCCCUGCGCUAGCAUCAAUCUGAUGCCACUAUCUUUGGUACGGAAGUUGGGGAUUACUAAAAUGAAACCUAUUACGGUUUCAUUACAGUUGGCAGACAGAUCAGUAAAGAGACCACUUGGCAUAAUGGAGGAUUUAGUGGUAAAAGUUGGUAAAAUCUAUUUACCUGCUGAUUUUUUGGUCCUUGAUAUGAAUGGUGGUGUGGAUUUAUCCAUUAUUCUAGACAGGCCAUUUUUGGCUACAGGACGAGUGUUGAUAGAUAUGCAAAGCGGAAAAUUGACAUUUAGGGUGGGUGAGGACAUAGAAGAAUUCAACAUCAUUAAAUCCCUAAAGAAUUAUGAAUUUGUUGACUCAUGUAACAGUGUUGAUAUAAUCGAUAAGAUUGUGUAA